CCCAGAUCCAGGGCAGCAGCCUGCUUCCUGAUAGUACUCGCCUAGAAUAGAUGCUCUUCUCUCGGGCUGCGGCGCCUAGCGGGAGACGGUGUGAUUUACAACCAAACACAGCAUCCUCUGCUGUCACAUAUAUCACAUCACAUGCAUGCUGUUAUUUGUCAGUGUAUAUGUAGCUCAGAUAUCGUUAUGCGUUUCUAACACUAACAGGAAUACAUAUAUUAUUAAAUUGUUAAAAAACGAUGGGUGGUUGCUGGCGACAGCUGUGGUUGCUGUCCUGAACACACCCCACUGAGUGCCUGUUAUAUUGUUCAAGGGGAAUAAUGGCUGCACAAGAACCGCCGUCACCACCAUCUUCCCUGGAAGGAAACAAGCCGGGCUUCCCAAAGAAAAUCCUGGCCAACAACCUUGAAGACAAGCAUCUGUGCAACUCGUGCCAGAAAGUGUUGAGGAGGCCCCUGCAGGCUCAGUGUGGUCACCGCUUUUGUUCCUUCUGUUUUAACAACACUGUGAGCUCAGGACCACAGAAAUGCAGUGCAUGCAUCAAAGAAGACUUGUUUGAGGAACCCACCUCCAUUCUCAAGCAAGGUGGUGCUUUCCCUGACAAUGCAGCUCGGAGAGAAGUGGAGGCCUUGGCGGCUGUCUGUCCCAACGAGGGAUGCACGUGGACGGGAACCAUCAAAGAGUUUGAGGCCAGCCACGAGGGCCACUGUGACUUCAUGAUCAUCCUGUGUCCCUCCUGCAAAGAGCUGAUGAGAGCCAACGAGCAGGAGCGCCACAACGAGAGGGAGUGUCCCGAGAGGACGCUCAACUGCAAAUACUGCAAAGAACCCUUCCUGCUGAAGAACAUCAAGGCUCAUGAUGAAAUCUGUCCAAAGUACCCGAUGAUUUGUGAAGGUUGUGCAAAGAAAAAGAUCCCCAGAGAAAAGUAUGUGGACCAUAUUAAGUUCUGCAGUAAAUUUAAAGCACCAUGCAGAUUUCAUGUUGUUGGCUGCGAUACGUCUGUGGAGAAAGAGAGGAUCCACGACCAUGAGCGUCAGUGUUCCUACGAGCACCUCAACCUGCUGCUGCAUUUCAUCAUGGGCAUCAAGGUGAGCCUGGAGAGCGUGCAGCCCCAGAGCCUGGAGGUGGCGGGCCAGCGUCUGCAGGAGCUGCACCAGUCCCUCAGGGAGCUGGAGCUGAAGAUGAGCCAGCUGGGCCGUGGCGCUGCACCCCCCGUGCAGGGGGCCGGCGCCCCCGCCCUGGCCACCUCCUUCAUGCCGCUGCCCAGCGCCGCUGCCGCCGCCCUGGAGCUGCAGCUGCACAGCGAGAAGACCAAGGUGGCCGAGCUGAGCCGGCGCUGCCAGGACCUGGAGCUCAAAGUCGGCACGUUCGAGAACAUCGUCUGCGUGCUCAACAGAGAGAUGGAGCGCUCCUGCGCCACCAUGGAGGCCUACAACCGCCAGCACCGGCAGGACCAGGACAAGAUCGAGAUCCUCAACAACAAGGUCCGUCAGCUGGAGAGGACGGUGAGCCUGAGGGACCUGUCCAUCGUGGAGAUGGAUGGGAAGAUGAGGGAGAUGUCUGCCGCCACAUACGACGGCAUCUUUGUCUGGAAGAUCUCUGAUUUCACCAAGAAGAGGCAGGACGCCGUGGCGGGCCGCGCCCCCGCCAUGUUCUCUCCUGCCUUUUAUACCAGUAAAUACGGCUACAAGAUGUGCCUGCGGAUCUACCUGAACGGCGAUGGGACGGGCCGCGGCACCCACCUGUCUCUGUUCUUCGUGGUGAUGAGAGGACACAGCGACGCGCUGCUCAAGUGGCCUUUCAAUCAGAAGGUCACCCUCAUGCUGCUGGACCAGAACAACAGGGAGCACAUCAUCGAUGCCUUCCGGCCCGACAUCUCGUCCUCGUCCUUCCAGAGGCCCGUCAGCGAUAUGAACAUCGCCAGCGGCUGCCCGCUCUUCUGUCCGCUCUCCAAGCUGGACUCUAAGAACUCGUACAUCCGCGACGACACCAUCUUCAUCAAGGCCAUCGUAGACCUCACUGGGCUCUAGCUUUGAACCGACCUACUUUUCACAGAAAAAGAAGUGCCUGUACCUUUUUUCUGUUCCUUGAGCCCACUCAGUUGUGACUAAGAAUGUUUCCUUUUGCAUACAUACAACUAGUGAAUGUUACAGUUUUACUUUCUUUAAAUAUAACUCCAAUGAGGUCACAAUAUCUUUUAUCUUUCGGAUGUUCAUCCAAACACAUCCAGCGUGUUUUUAACCCUCUCAACGAUACUGAAGGCUCUCUGUGCAUGAGAUGUUUCAGCAGGAAAAAUGCAGAUACAGUAUAUCAAACACUGGUUCAUGUUGAAGACCAGCAUUUGAUUUUUUUAUGAUUUUAGGAUCAAUAUAAAUAGCCAUAUGUGAUGCAACUGUAUUGACUUUGAUGAGACGUGUGCUGCUGUGGAAACCAUAUCUGAUUAUUAUAUAGAAACAUGUGAUGGUGCGUGUUGAGACGGUUUAAAAGCAUGUUGGCUGUGUGUGGAAGGGAUGCAGUGUGACCUCCGGAGGGCCCCAUGUGUCCUCCCUUCUUUCCUCUUCACAGUAAGUUGCUGUUGCACAUUAUGUACACUGCCGUUUGCAUGGAUGACUGUGGCCCUACGUACAGCAUGUGCUGCUUCCAGCUCUGGAUGGAUGUUUCAAACUUGCUCUCUCUUGUAAAAUGUGUUACCUGAUGGGGACGAGACUUUGUUUAUUCACAGCUGGUGAACAUAAAAGGGCUUCACAUUUCAUUUUCAUCCGCUUAACGUCACAUGAAGGCAAACAAACAGAUGUGUCUGCAGCUCGAUCUGUUGACCGGAUGUGACGGAGUCUUCUCCACUUGAGCCGGAUGAUGUGUCAGCUGCAUCAGCGACAUGGACUUUUAGGAAAUGCCACACUGCCUCACUGUUACUGCAACAGAACGAACAAUAUGUCAAUGUGAUGCACGUGUGUUCAAAUGACACUGAAACAGCUCAGUUUGAUUGAUUUACAUAUCUAUUGAAUGGAUCUCCGUAAAGCCCAUAUUGAGAUUAAGAUGAGGAGCGAUGACAUCAAACUGCAAUCUACCUGUUGUCUCUGCUACGUUGUUUGGACAGUAACUGUGUGUUAGUGAACUCUUUGUACUACCGGACAUUUGUUCCAUUUGUAUUUAAUUUUGUUUCAUUAAAGGUUUUAAGAUGUCCUUUAUGCAA